AGUAAUUGUCGUGUUCUUACACUUUUCUCUUAAUCUCGAUCAAAGACCGAGAACGUAAGAAUACUGACACUCGUUAAGACCUGUUGCUAUAAAUACCAACCUAUCCAUUUAGCUGCGGCUGACGUAUUAUUUCCUUUAGAGUAAAAAGAAGAUUGGUUCGUAGUAGCCGGGGAUUCCCCGCCUCAGGUGUUCCUGGCUUGAACUGAUGCACCCUAUUAAUCCUAUCUACCUUAGCAGGCAACAGGCAGCAGGCUGAUGCCUUGAUAUCUUGUCCAAGAUAAAACCCUAUCCAGAAGCGUAUAGUUUCAUUGAAUUUGUUUCAAAUAGCUUCUCGAAAUAUUGAAUCAAUCAUGGUACGAGGAGUCAGCCAGUUUCUGAAAACCUACCGGAAGAGGACGCUAGACGAAACGCCACCGCCAGCGUCCGUGCCAAUUGAUCCUGCGCGCCGCAAGAUGGAGCAGAGGGUGCCGCUCGCUUGUGAGAUUCUCGACCAUCCGGACUCGAUUGACUCUCAGUUGCAAUCCCCUCUCUUUAGAAAGCUCCCCAGAGAGCUGCGCGACCUGAUUUGGCGCUUCUCUCUAACGCGGUACGAAGAUCUCGAUUGUCUCUACGAUAUCCGGAAGCCCUAUGCUAGGCCCGGGCAAGCUGCCCCGCUACGGGUAGCUGUUCAGUUGCUUCUAACGUGCCGGGCCGUAUACGUCGAAGCCUUUCUUACGCCCUUUCAAGUCAACCCCAUAAUGGUAUUCCACGGCGACGACAACGAUGUUCCUCCGGGUACCCCGCUCAUGCGCACGACGGAAAAUCAAUUUCUAUGCAGGAAGCUAAGAUUCUGGCAAUUUGCGAAUAUAUCAUCCGUUGAGACGACACUGCAGCAGAUAAACUUGGAAGGUGGUGGACUCGAGCGAGUGUCUCGUCUGGUCGGAACGAUAGGUCGGCACCACGGGUAUGAGAGUAGAGGCUACGCAGUUACAGGUUACGCAUGUUUUGUGUCGCCUACUGAGCCUAACAGAAGCACUAGCGAGGCCGACUCGAAGGAAGAAUAUAGUAGCCAACUGUCAUCUCUACCGAACCCACUUGUCGGUAGAAAAAUUACUCGUUUAUCUAUCCGCAUGUCUCGCACCGACUGGUGGGGUUGGGAGAGUAUGCCCGGGGGGGAUGAAGUAUCUCCUUCGGAGAGACUCCGUCUAGAACCUAUGAUUAAUGUCACAAACCUCUGGAAGAGACCUGCCAACUACUUAGCCAUGAUGAGAGGGUAUGAAGCGCGGAAAGCAGGUAACGAGCCUGACUUCCAACUGGACGAUUUUGAAAAGCAGGGCCGCUGGGGCUCUCAGAUAAGAGAGUAUUGGCCAGACCUCACAACGCUCGAGCUUGUUCUGGAGACGUUUUCAUGCAAGAAGGAUCAGCUAGAUCAAGUCGUGCAGUGUGCUAAAUUGUGGACGUUCCCGCUAGAAGACGGAUUCCACCUUGUGUGGGAUGGUAAAGAAGAACUAAUCCGAUGGCGUGGUGCUCAGUCUUACAAGUAUGAGCAUCAAGACUGGUUUGAGGUUUAUAACGUACCUCGAGGUACCGAAGCGCAGAGUUCAACAGCGAUUCGAUGGAGGCCUUCUCAAGGCAAUGGCGGGGGUGAUACCAAUAGCCAGGAAUUCAUUAUCCAGACAUUGACUUUUGAACGGAAAAGAGCUGGGGACUAUAUCAACGCGGACAGAUCUUAAACGUCGCGUGAGAGUAGAGGAAUUUGGGUCGAGCUCAGGGGCCGAGGUAAAACUUGUAUCUAAUUUUGAUAUAUAAUUUUGAUUUCUAGACUUUAGUGUCCAAGAUCUAGCAGAUAUAACAUCAGAUAUAAUAUGUCAUUUAUUACGAU